AUGCAGUCCGACCAACAACGCCCCCAAAUCCUCGUCCUCGGCACAUGCGACACCAAGCUCGCCGAGACGCUCUUCCUGCGCGAGCAGAUCGUCCAGAACGGCGCCUGCCGAGUUCUGCUACUAGAUAUCGGCUCUACGCCAGUCCAGCAUCGCGAUAUCGACGUCUCCUGUGCGGAUCUCGCUGCUGCAGACGCAAAUGCAGACGCAUCCCUGUCCGAACUCCCCCGAGCAGAGUACAUCAAACACACCAUCGCCCGCGCGACAGCGUACGUUCGCGACUUGUACGUCCGGGGCCAGAUGCACGGCAUCGUCGCCGCGGGCGGGUCGAGCGGUACCGCGCUGGCGACGGCUGUCAUGCGCGAUGCCCUCCCUGUGGGAUUUCCCAAGCUGAUGGUGUCGACCAUGGCGAGCGGCAACGUCAAGCCCUUCGUCGAAGAGACGGACAUCACGCUCAUGUACAGCGUGGUCGACAUCGCGGGCGCAAACACCAUCCUGGGGCAGAUCCUGGCCAAUGCGGCGGGAGCGAUCGUGGGCGCGACGCUGGCGUAUUACAGCCGCUUGAAUACCAGUCAGAAUAAGAAUCUGGAUGCAAAAGGCAAAAAGCGAGUCGGAAUCACCAUGUUCGGCGUCACGACGCCCUGUGUCGACGCGAUCCGCGCGCAUCUGGAAGAAAAACAUGCACACGAAUACGAAGUAUACGUCUUCCACGCGACGGGCGCCGGCGGCAAGGCCAUGGAGCGCCUGGUCCGCGAGAGACAGCUCGACGCCGUGCUGGACAUGACGACGACCGAGAUCGCCGACGAGCUGGUCGGCGGCGUGCUGUCGGCGGGACCAGACCGGCUGACGGCGGCUGCGAAAGCGGGCAUUCCGCAGGUCAUCAGCGUCGGGGCCUGCGACAUGGUCAACUUUGGGCCCAGAGAGACCGUACCAGCGACGUUCGGGAACCGUCGACUGCACGAGCACAACCCGGCUGUGACGCUGAUGCGGACGAGCCCGGAGGAAUGUACUCGCAUCGCAGACUUCAUCGCCAGCAAACUGCGUGCGCACGCCUCCCGGCCCGACUUGAUUCGAGUGUUGCUGCCAACAGGGGGCAUCAGCAUGAUUUCCACGCCGGGGCAACCGUUUCACGACCCAGAGGCCGAUUCCGCCCUGUUUGUCGGAUUGGAGAAACAGCUCGAAGGGAGCGGAAUCGAAGUGCGACGGGACGAUCGAGCCAUCAACGAUGCUGAGUUUGCAGUGCUGGCCGCUGAAUCUUUGAUUGAACUGAUCAGAAGGAGUGAGGCAAAUACUGUUUGA